ACCCCGGUCCGUCCUUUAAAUGGCUCCCCCACCCUGAACCAGCGCCAGCCCGGAGUCGUGAGUUAGGGAGCGCUGAGACCCCCGCAGACAGCAUGACUUUACGGUUUGAGGCGUCCUGUCCUGACGGUCUGUGUCCCGGAUGGAGUAUUAUUCUGAAAGGAGAGCCACCAUCUGAGGCGAACAAGUUUGAGAUCAACUUCCUGUGCGACCAUGAUGACAGAGUAGCCUUCCACUUCAACCCUCGCUUCACGGAAUCGGACAUCGUGUGCAACUCCUUCAUGUCCAACACCUGGGGGCAGGAGGAACGGUGCACCAACUUCCCUUUCGGAGCGGAGGAGCCCUUCCAGAUCGAAAUCUACUCCGAUACUGAAAGCUUCCAUGUUUACAUCGACGACUCAAAGGUCAUGCAGUACAAGCAUCGAGUGGAGGACCUGAAGACCAUCACCAAAGUGCAGGUGGUGAACGACAUCAACAUCUCCUCGUUGGAGAUCACAAAAAAACCUUUUUAUUAAAGUAAAAUAAGUUCUUGGGGGGCCUUUCCUGCCCAUAAGGAAAGCUGUUGCCCUCUUUGAGAGUUUUGUUUUGUUCACAAUGUGGAUUA